AAUGUAUAAACCCGCGCGGGAAAAGCGGUGUUUUGGUGGAAGUAAGUCUGAAGAAAGCGGGAGACUUUUUUUUGACACGGACUUGAUUGUUAUUCUGUUAAUCUGUGCGGUUCUUUCUUUUCUGUUAGGAACAAGAUGAAGGUGGUUACAUGUGAAAUUGCCUGGCACAACAAGGAGCCAGUAUACAGUCUGGAUUUUCAACAUAACGCCGAAAGCAAAAUUCACCGCCUGGCCACAGCUGGAGUGGACACCACAGUGCGCCUGUGGCGUGUUGACAGGGGGCCAGACGGAAAGGCUGUAGUGGAGUUCCUAUCAAAUUUGGCGAGACAUACAAAAGCAGUGAAUGUAGUACGCUUUUCUCCCACCGGAGAGCUGCUGGCCUCUGGAGGAGAUGAUGCAGCCAUCUUACUGUGGAAGAUUAAUGAUAAUAAAGAGGUUGAGCAAGCCCCAACUUUCCAGGAGGAGGAGGAUGCUCAGCUGAACAAGGAAAGCUGGAACGUAGUCAAGACUCUCAGGGGGCACAUUGAGGAUGUGUAUGACUUGUCAUGGACAAGCGAUGGGAAUUUCCUGGUUUCUGGCUCUGUGGACAACACUGCCAUCAUGUGGGAUAUACAGAAGGGUCAGAAGAUAUGCAUCUUUAACGACCAUAAGAGCUAUGUGCAGGGUGUAUCUUGGGACCCACUAGGUCAAUAUAUUAGCACACUUAGCUGCGACAGGGUUAUGCGUGUGUACAGCACACACACAAAGAAAAAGGCCUACAGUGUGAGUAAGAUGACAUCAAGCCCUGCUGGAGAGGGAGAGGUAAAGAACUUCAGGAUGUUUCACGAUGACGGUAUGCGCUCCUUCUUCAGACGCCUCACCUUUACACCUGACGGCUCCUUCCUCCUGGCUCCUGCUGGUUGUGUGGAGACAGGAGAGAACGUGACAAAUACCACCUAUGUCUUCUCCAGGAAGAGCUUCAAAAGACCCGUAGCUCAUCUCCCUUGUCCUGCCAAAGCCACUCUUGCUGUGCGAUGUUGCCCUGUGUACUUUGAGCUUAGAACCAAGAAGCUUGAAGAUGGAUCGGUGCAGCCACUGCCCAACACGUUCCAGCUGCCUUAUCGCUUGGUGUUUGCUGUGGCAUCUGAAGACUCCAUCUUUUUUUACGACACCCAGCAGACAUUGCCAUUUGCUUAUCUGUCCAAUAUCCACUACCACACCCUGAGUGACCUCACCUGGUCCUGUGAUGGCUCAUUCCUGGCUGUGUCCUCUACGGAUGGCUAUUGCUCUUUUGUGUCCUUUGAUGAGCUGGAGCUUGGCACGCCUCUGAAGGAGCGACCACAGCUGGACAUCAUCACCCCGCUCACUGCCAGUGAGAAAAAAGGCAAGAGAACAUCAGGUAGUGGAAGAACUGCAUCACCCGUGCCCCGCACCAACCCUUCACCUGUCACACAAGAGAAAGAAACAUCAUCAGCUACCUCUGAAGAGAAGAGAACGCCUCAGGGCUUGAAGGCCAAAUCACAGCCCAGGCGUAUUACCCUCAACACACUGGAGGGAUGGAGCAAACCCAGCACCCCAAAAUCUCCUGUCACAUCCACUGAACCUCCCACCAGCAGUCCCAGUAUGCCCAAAUCUGCUCCUUCCACUCCUCUGGCUAGCCGGGGACCACUUACCCCCAAAACUACCCAAACUACCUCAAGCACCCCACUUGCUCCCAUCAGUGCCAGAAACUCCACAGCACCUAAAGGACCCACUCCUAGGCGAAUUUCUCUGAUACCACUUAACCCCAGAUCUCCAGCUCCCUCUCAGAACUCUGUCAUCCCAUCUUCGACUGAAAAAGCCAAACAUGAGAGACCGUCUCCUUCUAACGAUCCAGUGUGCAAGCCUCCCGAAUCCAAGCGGCCCAAGACUGACGAAGCUUCAGCCUCGAAGGGCAGCAGCACUGAGCAAAGCACCGAGUCCAGCAGCAAGGCCAUGGAUUCUUGACCAAUAACUAAAUCUCAGUGUUUCUAUCCAACUGUGUUCAUCUCUGCAGGAACCUGUUAAAUAAUAUCCAGGAGUGUGUGUAUUUGGACAUGAUCACUUAAAACUGAUCCAAACACUUUCAGUGUAAUUUGACCAUAAGGGAACAGGAUGUUAUUUUUCUGGUUCAUUUUGGCAAGAUUAUUCACUUGUCUAUUUAUACUUUCAUGGUUUUGUAUUGUGUAUUGAUGAUGAUUUAGAAGACAUUUCUAAAUUGUUCUUGAUCAGUUUAUCAACCCUGAGCUGUUUAUUGAUGAUAAAUUACCAAGCACCAAUUUUGAAGGACUAAUUUUAGGAACUCCUGUCCAUUUGCAAAGGCUCAAAAUGGUCAGUUUGUGUUGUCCUGUUUGCAGCAACAAAUGAAGCAGCCACUUUGUCCGUGGGAACAUGCUGAUUCGUCUGUCCAGAAAAUGAAGCACAUAUGAGAACUGUGGUGGCAACCAAACCAUAAAUGAUGUAAAAUGUGGAAGUCUCUGUUUCAGAAUUGGGGAUGUAGACUAACCUUUCGCUGUAAACAGAAUUUCUAAAGAAUGAAAGUAAAUAUUCAGUGACGAGUCAGCUUUAACCUAUGAGACUUUAUUUGAAUUUAAUCUUCCAAUGAAUUAUUCAUUAAAUUACUUAUCACAGUUCUUUCUUUUCUUCUAAAGCAACCCGAGAAGUUUUCUCCCCAAGUUGUCGUGAGGUCAUUACUUAAAGUUUUAGUGCCACAACCAAUAAGCUAUUGGCAAAGAGAUUACUUUCAAAAUCAGUUUUAUAUCCAGUUCAGUGGCUUGUAAGUUAGUGAAGAAAGUUUUUCAUUGGGCCUCAUUUAUCAAAACGUUACACUCAUUGAGCACUUUAUUAUGAACACUUUACUAAUAUUAGGUAAUGCUACACUUUGCCCCUCAAUUCUUCGUGGUAUGGAUUCCACACGAUUUUUAGAUUCAUAGAUUUCUUAUCUAAGUUGAUGUUUGCAUCACAAUUCCUGCAGAUUCCUGCAGUUGCACAAGCUGUGAAUCUCACAUUCUACCACAUCCCUGAAGUAGGGAAAACCAGUGAGAAAAUUGCCUUCAUGAAAUGAUGAGACAGUUUGAGACAUUUUUUUGGCCAUUGGAAGAUGGGAUGAACAUGGUCAGUGAAAAUGCUCAAAUACCCUGUGGCUUUCAAGUGAUUUAGCAGGAAACAUUCCCUACACAUUACUCCACCUAUACCAGCUUGGGCUGUUGACAUAAGGAAGGUUUGGUCAAUGGAUUCAUGCUGUUAGUGUCAAAUUCUGACCUCACUAUCUCUGUGCUUCAGCAGAAAUCCACACUCAUCAGGUCAGGCUAUAUUUUCCCAGUCUUUAUCUGUCUGGUUUUGGUGAGCCUGUUCCUACCUCCUGCAGCCUCAGCUUUCUGUUCUUGACUGACAGAAGUGGAACACAAUGUGUUCUGCUGUUGUAGCUCCUUAGCCUUAAGGUUUAUCUUCUUGUGUAUUCUGAGAUGCUUUUCUGCUCACCACAAAAGAGGGAUUAUCUGAGUUACUGUUGAUUUCUGUCAGCUCAAACCAAUCUGGCCAUUCUCCACUGACCUCUUCAAUCAGCAAGGUGUUUCAGUCCAUAGAACUGCAGCUCACUGAAUGUUGUCUUUAUUGCACCAUUCGGAGUAAACUGUAGAGACUGUUUUGUGAAUCCUAGGAGUUCAGCAGUAAUAUAUAAAAAGUAAUAGAACUACUUAAUCCAGCCUGCUGACACCAACAUUCACCCUCAAAAUCACUGAGAUCACGCAUUCCUCAUUUUGAGGGUUGUUGUGACUAUUACUCAAAGCUAUUGGCCUGCAUCUUCAUGAUUCUAUGCAUUGCAUUUUGUCCAGGUGAAUGGAUGACUGGAUAAUUUCAUGAAUGAGCAGUAGUACAAAUGUUCCUAAUAAAGUGCUCUAUGAGUAUAAGGCUCGCCGAUGCAAAUUGCAUCUGAUCAGCUUGGUAAUGAACUUCUAUACUUUUAUACAAAUAACAAUAUCUAGUUUAAUUAGCUUAUUUAUUUCAGUUGCAUAUUUUGUUCAACACAGUCACAUUAAUAUGAAAGAAAGCAACAAACUGACAAAUUCAUAGUUAAAAAAAAAAAUAAAACCAGCCAUUCUUUUUGAAGAAAAGUAGUGUCACCCUAUAAAAGAAGUCACUGUUAUAUUUUGCUUGGGCUAGGGGUUGUACUGCUGUGGCUGACCUGCAUGUAGUGUAUUUAGACACACUUUCAUCAGUUACAUUUAGAGUAUCUCUAAAUACAAAUCAAAUGUGCUGUGAAGACACGUUAAUUUUACGGCUGCAUUAUGUUUUUUAAUUAUUAAAUGGUUAGUGUUUUUCACAUAGUAGCAAUAUCCAAUGAACAUUUUGUUAGGGGUUGCACAACUACUAAUUUUUACUUACCAAUUAAAAAUGUAGUCGACUAGUCAUGUUUUCUAAUGAUGAUAAAUUCCAAGCCACAUGAAAACAAGUGUAGAUCAGCCUGUUUUUGAGCUGAUCGGAUUAAACUAGCUGAGUGGAAUCUCAUGCGCAUAUCUCCACUUCAUGCUAUGUGAUAUUAAAAUGUUAACAGUCCAUUAAAGAAGAUUUAAGAGAAUCUGUCCUAGUAUAGACUUGUGCAGUUGAUUGUAGAAAUGAGUUCUUUGCAAAUCAACAUGCAUUUAUCUGCAUUCUUUGCCAUCUGUUUUGCUGCUUUUCCAUUACCUGCUGGUCUGAUCUGCUUCCCCACAGUGGUGGCUAGUGAAUGUGUUAGAGAAAGCUAGCCUAUGUAAUUCAUAAUUAUUGUGUGGUACUAUCUGUAUGAAACCUGUAUCAAAAAAUAAA